AUGCACGCCAGCGCCAGCGCCCUGCGGACCCUCAUCAAGGGGGGCCGGGUGGUCAACGACGACUGCACCCAGGAGGCCGACGUCUACAUCGAGAACGGCGUCGUCCAGCUGGUCGGCCGGGAGCUCAUGAUUCCCGGCGGGGCCAAAGUCAUCGACGCCACCGGCAAGCUGGUCAUGCCGGGGGGCAUCGACACCAGCACCCACUUCCAGGAGACCUUCAUGAACGUGACCUCGGUGGACGACUACUACCACGGCACCAAGGCUGCCCUGGUCGGAGGAACAACAAUGAUAAUUGGGUAUGUGUUGCCAGAUAAAGAGAUUUCGCUACUGGAAGCUUAUAAAAAGUGUAGGAAUCUAGCAGAUCCCAAGGUCUGCUGUGACUACUGCCUUCAUGUUGGUGUAACUUGGUGGGGACCACAGGUGCAACUUGAAAUGGAUGAGCUAGUGAAAGAGCACGGAGUGAAUUCAUUCCAGGCAUACAUGACUUAUAAGGACCAAUACAUGCUGCGGGACAGUGAGCUUUACCAAGUUUUUCGUGCCUGUAAAAGCCUUGGUGCCAUACCUUGUGUCCAUGCUGAAAACGGAGAGCUCGUAGCAGAGGGUGCAAAAGAAGCCCUUGAACUGGGAAUCACUGGGCCUGAGGGAUUAGACAUCAGCAGACCUGAGGAGCUUGAGGCAGAAGCAACCCAUCGUGCCAUCACAAUUGCUAAUCGAACCCAUUGUCCAUUAUAUUUGGUUAAUGUCUCAAGCAAAUCUGCAGGUGAUGUCAUUGCUUCUGCAAGAAUGCAAGGCAAAAUCAUAUAUGGGGAAGCAACCCUAGCGCACACAACUCUAAAUGGAUCAAGCUAUUACCAUCCAGACUGGUCUCAUGCUGCUGCUCACGUUACUGCGCCUCCUCUCCGACUGGAUGCUAGCACGCCCAACUAUCUCAUGAGCCUGCUAGCCAAUGAUACCAUUAAUGUUGUUGCUUCGGAUCAUCGUCCAUUUAGUACCAAGCAAAAAGCCAUAGGAAAGGAAGAUUUUACCAAAAUUCCUCACGGUGUUACUGGAGUGCAGGACAGAAUGACUGUUAUCUGGGAGAAAGGAGUGGUUGGUGGCAAAAUGGACGAAAACAGUUUUGUUGCUGUGACUAGUUCAAAUGCUGCAAAAAUUUUCAAUCUGUAUCCCAAGAAAGGAAGAAUUGUUCCAGGAGCUGAUGCUGAUAUUGUUGUGUGGGACCCAGAAGCUACAAGAACAAUAUCUGUGAGCACGCAAGUACAGGGUGGUGAUGUGAACCUUUAUGAGAACGUACGAUGCCAUGGUGUUCCACUGGUGACAAUCAGCCGUGGGCGAGUUGUCUAUGAAGAUGGCAUCUUUACUUGUGCUGAGGGGACAGGAAAGUUCUGUCCACUUCGACCCUUUUCGGAGUUUGUGUACAAGAAGCUGAUCCAGAGAGAAAAGAAUUUGACUGCAAAGCCUGUGGAUCGUGCCCCAUACGUAGGUGAUGUGGCAAUGGUGCCUAAUGCAGGAAAAGAGAUGUCGGCUCACCCAGACAUCCAAUCCCGAUCUGUGACACGCCACAGUGGAGUGAGAGAUUUGCAUGAAUCCAGCUUCAGCUUAUCAGGAUCACAAGUUGAUGAUCACCUGCCAAAGCGACCUGUAUCUAGAGUUUUGGCUCCACCUGGUGGCCAUUCUAAUGGCAUCUGGUAA